AGGAAAAAAAAAAGUUGGUCGCCAAGAGGUUGAAGCUCCUCCUCCUUCAAGGGGUCUUCGUAGGGCAACAUUGGCCACAUACCUCCUAAACAGCAAUUUACUGCCUUUCACAAUGGGGAAACGCAAGGUAGCCGCGCUCGAAAAGAUCGAUGCUGAUUUCGCGAGUCUGCAAUACAAAAUCCGGAGGGAUCCCCGGUCCUACCAGGACGAGUUUGAGAGGCAGUACGAGCAGUACGUGUCGCAGCGCGAGAUCUUCCUGUCGUCGCCCUCAGCCGCGUCGUCGGACCAGGUCCAGUCGUUCCACGACCUGAUCGACCUAAUCGCCCACGUCGCCGACUGCUACCCCGAGUCCCUGCGCGAGUUUCCCGACGACCUCAAGCGCAUCCUGCUACAGCACCAUGCCGCCCUUGACGGCGAUCUGCGCGACAAGAUCGUCGGCAGCCUAGUACUGGUGCGCCGCAAGGAGAUCAUUGACUCGACCAGCCUCCUGACUACGCUCUUCCCCAUCCUCGUGUCCACCCCGAGCAAGUCCCUACGCACCCUGCUCUUCCAGAAGAUCCUGAGCGACCUGCGCAACUCCAACUCCAAGACCAUCAACCACCGCCUCAACCGCACCAUCCAGACCGUACUCUUCAACCUCGUCACCUCGGAUCGCACCUCCUCCAAGGCCAUAUGGGCCAUCAAGCUCACCCGUGAGCUGUGGAAGCGCCAGAUAUGGACCGACGCCAAGCCCGUCUCAGUUAUGAAAGAGGCAUGUCUGUCCGACAACGAGAAAGUCAUCGUCGGCGGCGUGCGCUUCUUCCUAGGUGGCGACAAGGAGCGCGAGGAACACGAGGACGAGAGCAGCGAUGACGAGGCCGCGCCGGACCUUAGGAAGGUCAAGCACCAGCUUGGAAUCAACAAGAAAACCAAGAAGACGGAGAAGGUCUACAAGAGCGCCGUUGCCAAGGUCAAGAAGGCCGAGCGCAAGAAGGGGCAGCCACACCCGCUCAACUUCUCGGCCCUGCACCUGCUGCACGACCCCCAAGGCUUCGCAGAUUCCCUGUUCCAGAAGCACCUGCAGAGCACCCGGAACAAGCUCUCGCUCGACAGCCGCCUCCUAAUACUGCAGCUCGUCACGCGCCUCGUCGGCCUGCACAAGCUCACCAUCAUCUCACUCUACUCGUGGUUCGCCAAGUUCCUGACUCCCCGCCAGCAGAACGUCACAUCCUUCCUCGCCUCGCUCGCCCAGGGUACCCACAACCUCGUGCCACCCGACGCGCUCGAGCCGCUCGUCAUCAAGAUCGCCAAUGAGUUCGUCAGCGAGGCCGCUGCUGCCGAGGUGGCCGCUGCGGGACUCAACGCCAUCCGCGAGAUCUGCGUGCGUCAGCACCUGGCCAUGAACGAGACCCUGCUGCAGGAUCUGGUCCAGUACCGCAGGAGCAAAGACAAGGGCGUCAUGAUGGCGGCCAACGGCCUCCUCUCGCUCUACCGAGAGGUGGGCGCGGACAUGCUGCGAAGGAAGGACAGAGGCAAGGAGGCGACCAUGGGCCUCAAGAGUGGUGAGAUGCAGCAGAGGAGGUUCGGCGAGGAGGAAGCCGGUGGCAUUGAGGGACUGGAGCUCCUGGAGAACUGGAAGGAGGAGGAGAAAAAGCGGAAGCGAGCAGAGAAGGGUCUUCCUGAGGAAGCCGGUGAGGGUGAAGAGGAGGAAGACGAGGAGGACGAUGGGUGGGAGGUGGCAUCGGCCGAGAGCAGCGACUCGGGUGGCUGGAUCGACGUCAGCGCGGACGAGGACGAGGCGCCCCCCAAGCUCAAGCGUGCCAAGACGUCCCACAGCAAAGACGACGAAGAGGACAGCUCGGAUGACGAGGACGGCGACAAGUCGGCGGCAGACGCAAAGUCCGAGGCGGAGAGGAUAUCCAAACUCGCGACGACGACGAUCCUGACGCCGGCGGACCUCGCCAAGCUGCAGGAGCUGCGGCUGCAGGCGCAGGUCGACAAGGCCAUGGGCGGGCGCUCGAAGCGGCAGCGGGAGCUGGAGGAGCGGCACGCGGACGAGGCGCUCACGGCGGAGCAGAUCGAGCUGCCGGGCACGCUGCGCAAGACCACCAAGGAGGAGCGCGUGGCCAUGGCCAAGGAGGGCAAGCCGGACCGCGACGAGCACAAGUCGACAAAGGCCAUCCGCAAGUCGCAGAAGGACGCGCGCGGCGGCUCGACGACCAACAAGGAGAAGGCGCGCAAGAAGAACUUCCUCAUGACGCUCAGCAAGGCCAAGUCCAAGCAGAAGCGCAGCCUGAUCGAGACCAAAAAGGUGCUUCGGGGUCACAUCGAGAGGAGCAAGGGCGGCGGGCGGAGGAGGAACGGAACCUGAUCAUGUAGCUCUAUCUGGCGGGUCUUUGAUCAUGUCUAUGCGCACCAAUGGGAUCCGUCUUUAUCGAAUGCAUCAGAUCUCUCGAACCGAGUCUAUCGUGCUACCAAUGUCAAGGCAGAGGGGGCAUGCCCGAAAUCAUCAGCAACCCCCUCCUGCGUGCCGCGCAUCAAACGAUUCCACCACGGCCAUGGCAUAAGCCAGCGCGGAGCAGACAAUAAGAAUGUGCAUCAGCUGGUGACUAUGGCCAAAGAUGUCGAAGCGGCGAGGAUACCACCUCUCAGGAACCUAUAAAAGCAGCCAUGAUUUAUUUCCAUUAGCAUAUAAAACACACACACACACACACAACAGGAAAAAGAAAACCCUCCACCCCCACCUUGUAGAUGUACACAGCCAGCGCCGCGACGUUGCAGCCGGCCGUCACCGCGACCCACCGCAGCCCGACCCGGCGCGCCUGCUCGGCCAGCCCUCCGGGGCUCAGCGCGGCGCCGUGCACCACGGGCGCGACAAAGGACGCCAGGCCAAAGGCGGCGAGCAGCAGCGCGCGCGGCGCCGCGCCCCGGGCGCCGUCGAGCGGCCGCGCGAACAUUGCCGCGCUGCACGCCAGCGCCAGGACCGCCGUAGCCAUGUGAUAAACUGUCCGCCUCGCCGCGUUGCCGUCAUCGUGGUGGUAGUGGUGGUGGUGGUGGUGGUUGCCGCAGAGCGGCGGGGGCGGGAACGAGUAGUAGAUCAGCGGCACGGUGCUGCCCCACAUGAGCAGCAGGCAGCCCUGCACGUCGAGCUUCAGGCCGAGGCGGAAGGCGGCGAGGCCGUGCGGGAUGAAAGUGUGGAAGGCGGCCGAGAGGGCGAAGCAGACGGCCACGCCGGCAAAGUAGACGCCGCACGCGGCCGCCUCGCCCGGCGUGGCGGCCGCGUAUCGCGGGGGGAUCUGGGACGGGGAAAAGAUGUAGAGGGGGAGGAGGAGGAAGAGGAGGGAGCCGAGGGUGUGGGAGUGGAUGUUGACUUUUGGGGGGGUUGGGUGGGCGGCGUUAGUGGCGGCGGUCGAG